CAUUCUCGUGAUCAUGUCAAAUAGAUUUUGUUUCGAUCUAGAGCUGGGAAGUGAACGGACACUCUAGUUGGUAACUGGAUCCAAUGUGAAUGGUGUGAAUUCUAGACGUGUUUAUCAAGGGGAAAUACCACCGCACUCUUCUGAUAUAUCUUCUACAGAUCUGGUAAGGGAGAUAAAGGUACUUGCUUCUAGUUCAUUUCCGAGAUGGAAUUACCUAGAGGAUUUAUAAUUGCUUCAUUCAUCCUGUUGGUGUCUAUCUUAAUCGUGGCAGGAGAGCCAGAUCCCAAUGUCUGCAUCCCAGCACCACCAACGGGAGAGGGCCCACCACUCCCUAAAUUACCCACCCAGUACCGUCUCAGGAUAGAAGCGAACAUCAAGAAUAAGGAUUACUCACUUGAAAUGCAGGAAUAUUACGACCAGCCAGGUAACAGGGGUGCAUCAGAUACCCUGUCAAGAGGGUUUCAAUCCCAUACAUCCUACAACUACAAUACUGGACAAUCCAUCACCACAAUAGGUGACAGAUGUUUCGUUGCAAAUAUGUCGACCACGCCUUUCAAUCUCUAUGGAUUCGAACUUGUAGACGGCUCUCCUCAUAUCGGAGGGGUUAAUGAUAUCUUUACUUUUGGCGGAAAGUAUAAUGAGACGUACAUCGGCCAAGAGUAUGUGAGAGGUAUCCUAACAAAUCGCUGGCAGAACUGUAUGUACAUCGAAAGCACGAACCAGACCUAUCUUCUUGACUACUUCUUUUCAAUCCCAAGUCACAAGACAGCAGGAGGUGGUGGAGAAAUCCCAGUCAGGGCAGUCAUGAAUGGAACGGGUCAGACCUAUGUUCCCGGUCCUGGGGGUGAACCUAUUCCACUCCCCACGAGACACAGUUUCUAUCACAUUUAUGAUUUCUUCGAAGUCAUACCAGGCCCUGUCACCGAGGAGAGAGCAUUCGAGCCUCCUUUGGGAUUUAUGUGUGAGAACCGAAUAAGUGAGCAACCAUUCCCUGAACUAUAUGAUAUGGAUGUUUUCAAUGUUGGAGUGGAGCUAGCAGUACCGGCGCCAGCAAACCGUAUCUAUACUAUUUGGGAAUAUUAUAACUACAAAGCAAAUAUAGUAGCCUAUCAGUACCAACCUUGGGGUGUUGGCGAGCCCAAAGAUCCCUUGAAAGAAGUUCACGACUAUAACCUUGGACUUAGUUUUCAGAUUGAUAUUGCCAAGAGUUCUUGUACAGUUGGUCCCAUCCCUGUUUAUACUGGUGAAGCUGGGAGUGAUGAUGGAGAACAUGUCUACCUCAGAUCAAUUUCAAGCUUCCUUCAACUUGGCAAAGUCAAUUGGGUUUAUGAGGGUCAGUCUACUAGAAGGCAAAUUCCUGUAGAAUCUUGGAUCGCCCAAAUCAAUGAUUUCGAAGUCGGACCAGGCAUGACCUCGAAUAUGACCUUGGAAUAUUUCUUUGCAAAUGAAAGUUGGAGUUCAGCAGCUAAAUUUCAUCAUGCUGUUAACCAUAUCCCCGUAGCACUCGACGUUACUUACACUGUUAAGGGGAAUAUUCCUGUGCCGAUCAAAUCAAGCGUAUCGCAGCACUUCUUCGCUCUGAAUUACGACGCGUUCAACCCUUAUAUGACUGAUGUCAGUCUCUGCUAUGACUCUAAAGAUAGCAAGGAGCUCGCUAUAGACAUGGAGGAUAAAUAUAUAUUUGAUGUUUAUGUUCAAAACAGCACAAAUUCUUUCUAUUUUGGAGUGGUUAACAGCCUGGCUAAAGCAGCUAAUGUAACUGCUUCUAGAAUAUCAAAUCCAGUGGCCAUUGAAGGCAAUGGGGGAAUGAUGACGAUUUACUUCAAACUUCUUGGAAUACCUCCUGUAGAGGGAGACGUCUUGAACAUAACGCAGCAAAUCACGCUCGAAGAGUCUCAUGAAAAACUUGACAAAUCCAUAAAUGAGGGCUUGAUGAUCACAUUCAGGAGUGAAGGACAGCAAGUUGAUCUUCCCGUUGCAAGACAAAGUCUUCGAGCCGAUUUUGUUCCAGCUGAAACAUCGGGAGGAUUCACUGUCGGUGCUCUAGUCGGCAUGGGAAUAGGCAUGUUCGUAUUUGGUGGAAUACUCGCCAUGGGCGUGGCCUUCUUAAUGUCCAGAAUGUCAAAGGGUCCUUUCUCGUACAAGACUCAAGAAUAGAGAUUACCUCUCCAGCUUGAUCGUAGAUUGUCCUAUAUUUUUGGUACAGAUGUUAGUUAUUUCAAUAUGAUUCAUAUAUUAUACGGAUAUUGCCUAAGUAGAAUGUGAAUAUAACAAUUCCUCUCCCGACGGAGUUAUAUUUUUCAGAAGGGAUUAUAUUUUGCCCGAAGCGCUAAAGGGAGAAAAUAUAGCUCCUGGGGGGAUUUGAAAUGUUAUUUAUUAAAAAGAUCCUGUAGACCAGGCAAUAUAUGGUCCAGAUGCUGGCCCUUCGAGGUUUUUUCCCCUCCACUCUCUGCGCACCAUCCACUGGACGUUUUCCACCACACUGCACUUAUCCAGUGAUCGCGCGACCCCAAAUUUACCCCUCUCGGUGCCACGAGCCUAAUUACAUCAGGAUGGCUAAAGAUAUUCGUUCAACCAACCCAUUCGAUUUUUUUUCAAUUUAAUACUGC